ACUCUCUUCCAUGCCCAUUCCCCCAAUCUCGUCAGCACCGCCCCUCGCCCUAAUCCCAACCGAGCAAGCCACAAUGGCGCAGCCUCAUCGUAUACUCUAGCCUAGCCUGCAUGACACCGAAUGGACACCCCGGCCUGUCGAGUCACCUCGAGUCGCACCGGCGCGCGCACGUGCAGCGCUGCCUCGUCGCACGUCGUCACCACGACGGGACUAAGUACAGCCGCGCGGCCAGCGGAGCCGGCCGUUCGAUCCAGGCACCUACGAUAACGGUGCUUGGAGCAAAUGCAGUUGCAAGCAACAACAGCAGCAAACAGCAGUACAUUCGUAGGAGCGUCCGCCCGCGGCCGCGGCAGCGGCUGCGACUCGCGAGCGAGCGGGCGGGCCGCGCCGCGCGACCCAGAGUCUCCACCUCACCCGGCCCAAGGUUGUUCGCAGGCGCCCUCGCCCCGGACCGGCCUUCCGAGACGCAACAGCAGCAGCAACGACAGCAGCACGGGCGGGGGCGGGCGCGGUCCACGGAUUCCGCGCGCGCACGCACGCACACGUUCCGUGGACCGCCGCCGUUGGCUGUCGUAUUGUACCCAGGUAUGUAGUAGAUAUUUUUUUUUUUGUACCGUGCUAGAUUUCCAAUGGAUGCAAAUGUAUAGUAAACCCGCUGCGGAUUCUGGCCGCGCACUGGCGGACCAGCCACCUAUGAUGACGAGCGCAGCGCG